UUUACAGUCGACAGUCGAGCGUAACAUGGCGAGCGGCGCGUGUCGCCACCACCAGCGUAGGAAGAUCUGCCCGCCGGCGUGGUGUCUCGUCGCACUUCUUUGCGCGGCCGCCUCCACCGGCGCCUAUCGCCUGCAGUAUCCGUCCUUCGACGAACUUCACGUACUGCAAACGAGCGUCACCACCGAUGGUGUACGACGCGUCGAGUUCGAAGUGCGCGGUAAAAACCUCUUCGCCGGUUUGCCGGUGCGUGCAACGAGUGUCGCAGCGGACGGGGACGCCGCCUGCGAUGCGGACACGACGUUUAAUAGUGCGGUGACAGAAGUGAGCGUGGCGGAUGACGGCGAACAUGCUGUAUACGCGCUAAACGUACCACUAAACGCCAACAGGACGAAAGUUAACAGUGUUUACUUUUGUUUAUCGCCCUUCGGCGAUGGUGUCCAAAGUGAGCAGCAAGAAGUGCGCGAUGCGAAUUGGUUACAUCAGGGCGACAACAUCACCAUCGACAGCGGCGCGUUGUGGAUGGUCCGUGACCUUGACACUGACCUAGAUUACGACGAUAAAACGAUAAUACGUGAUCGGCGUCAGAGUGGCUAUGAUAAACUGCGCGUUACUGGUCUACGCGUUGACAGCGCACCAAAAGAGCCACACUUUGAUGAAGAAGGCAUUCCAUUUCUUCUCGUCGGCGCCGAGUAUAAACUCCGGUUGUUUGGGGUGGGUUUUUCCGAAAACACUCAAAUCACUUUCACUCAACAAAAGGCGUCGUUUAGGAGUUCAUGCCAAAUUCCAGUCACUGGAAUAUUCCAAGCAAUAAAAGGUUCAGUAUCUCAGGAUUCUGUUCAAAUAUCUGUAAAAAUCCCGGUUGUGGAAAGUCCGGACCCUUUGUACAUCUGCGUAAAAGAAGGCAGCGGAGAUCGACUACUCGCUGAGUCCGUCUUAGAAAGCAGCCCAUUUGUACAUCAAGGAAGCGAGCCUUGGUUGAGUGUCUACAGUUAUCAAAAAGGUCUACCGAUAUGGGCUGCGUUGAUUAUCAUUGGCAUAUGUCUUUGCUUCUCCGCACUUUUUUCUGGUCUCAAUUUGGGUCUCAUGUCACUUGAUCGCACAGAAUUGAAAAUCCUAUGUAAUACCGGCACUGAACAAGAGCGACGUUACGCUAAGAAAAUUCAACCGGUGCGAAAUCAUGGUAAUUUUCUACUGUGCAGUAUUUUACUGGGAAAUGUCCUGGUGAAUUCCACAUUUACUAUUCUGUUGGACGAUCUGACGUCAGGAGUGAUUGCCAUCGUGUGUUCUACGUUGGCGAUCGUCAUGUUUGGAGAAAUCACACCGCAAGCUAUCUGCUCUCGGCAUGGGCUGGCCAUCGGCGCGAAAACAAUCGUCAUGACUAAGAUUGUAAUGGCGAUCACUUUUCCGCUUUCAUAUCCGAUCUCACGCGUGUUGGAUGUUAUCCUCGGGGAGGAGAUUGGCAGUGUUUACACCAGGGAACGGCUGAAGGAACUUGUCAAGGUGACAACUGGUGAAAAUGACCUGGACAAAGAUGAAGUGAACAUCAUCAGCGGCGCGUUAGAACUUCGCCGUAAGACGGUCGCCGACGUGAUGACAAAGAUUGAAGACGCUUUCAUGCUAUCGUAUGAAGCCAUUUUGGACUUUGAGACCGUGUCCGAAAUCAUGAAAUCCGGCUACUCACGUAUUCCUGUCUACGAGAACGAUCGUGAAAACAACCGCAAAAACAUCAUCACCACUUUAUAUAUCAAAGAUCUUGCUUUUGUGGACCCUGAUGAUAAUACACCUCUGAAGACACUCUGCCAGUUCUAUCAAAAUCCAUGCAAUUUUGUCUUUGAGGAUGUUACAUUGGAUAUCAUGUUCAAGGACUUCAAAGAGGGUAAUAAGGGUCAUAUGGCGUUUAUCAAUCGAAUCAACGCUGAAGGGGAAGGUGAUCCGUUUUAUGAAACCAUCGGGUUGAUAACACUAGAAGAUGUCAUCGAAGAGCUAAUUCAGGCUGAAAUCAUGGACGAAACCGAUGUUUUCACUGACAAUCGAACAAAACGGAAGAGGAACGCGGAUAGGACGAAACAGGACUUUACCGUGUUUGCAGAAAGAAGAGGUGAAAGCAAUCGGAUACGAAUCAGUCCACAACUUACGCUUGCAACUUAUCAAUAUUUAAGUACAAGUAUAGAAAUGUUCAAACCACAUAUAAUAUCAGAAACGAUAUUGCGACGGUUACUAAAGCAGGACAUUUACCAUCACAUCAAAAAGAAUAAGGACUGGCGGAAUGAUCCCACAACGAUAAUCUACCAACAACGCGUGCAGGUAGAUUAUUUCGUCCUUAUUCUGGAAGGACGCGUCGAAGUGAAGGUCGGCGAUGAGAAUUUGACAUUCGAGAGUGGACCGUUUACAUAUUUUGGCACACAGGCUUUAAAACCAAAUAUUGAAUCUCCAGCGACGAUAGGCAGUUUACAAUCGUUGAAUAUGGACAGCAUGAUGAAGCACACCUUCCAGCCGGAUUACACGGUACGCGCGUGCUCGGAAGUGCUGUACCUGAAGCUGAAACGUAAUCUGUAUUUUGCGGCGAAGCGUGCUUCGCUAAUGGAGAUGUCGCAGCGUGACAGCGUGACGAACGGCGAUCCUUUCGAUGACGAAGUGGAAAAAUUUUAUGCCCAUAGUGAUGAAACACGGUUGCAUUUUGUUGUAUCGAGUCCGCCCGAGCCGGACACGGAGGCAAAUCAGUUGCUGCACUCGCUGGAGGACGACGGUAGCAUCGGCCGUCGCAGUCCAGAGCCCAAACACCAUCAUCUUUCGCAUCUGCAACCACCAGCUCCGCCUGGUAAUCCACACACGUCGCAAGCUUCCAGCGAUCAUGACGCCGGCGGCGGGACGGAAAAGGCGAAUAAUUCGCUUGCCAGUUCCACCAUGACGGUAGGUGGAGGCGGUAUGGGUAUGCGGACGUUAGCAUCACGCGACCUCAAUGGCGCCGUGAAACAUACGCCCGCCGGUACCGACGACGUCAACGCCGCUUCCAGUGACCUCGAGGAAGAAGUGUCACUACUCUCAAAAACGUCAUAACACACCUGGAGCGGCUGCACUGGUCUGCGUGCAGCCGGAAUGCGCUUUUUCUCGGCGUCUCGGCAGCGGCUACCGAUACGCGCGUUUUCUUCACUUGCCCUCUUGUAGAUAGACGCACGACUUACGAAUUUCACUUGAGUAGUAUAGCCCUAGUUGGAAUGCAUGAAAUGACGUAAUUUGCAAAGAUGUUUCAAUAACUCUCCGGGAAUAUGAAUAGACUAGCCGCUAGAUAUGAAAGAGUUGAACUAUUUAUAGUUUGUUACAAUUUUGCACGUGUCACGAGUCAAUUUUUACUGAAUUGCUACUUAAGGCCCGUUGAAGAUUUACGAAUAACUUAUUUAUUUACUUAGGUACUUAAUUAACUAACAAAGAAGUUUAAUGAAACGUUAACGAUACGAUGCACAUUACUUAUAUAUGUAUAUUAAAUUUAACUUUUAAAAUGACGUAAGCUGAAUGAAGAUGGGAAUGCAGAAGAAUGAUGAGUUAACGUAACAUAAACACAAUCAAACUGUAUGUGAGAUCGACCGUCAAUUGUAAUAGUUGUACUUAGUGCCGAUAGUGCUGGAUGUCCAAUUGCUACUUAAAUUUUUUGCCCGUGUACUUUUAUCAUAUUGUUUUGUUGUAUUUUAACAGCCUCAAUCAGAUUUUAAGGCCUAAACCGCCGUUUGUUAUUUAUUUUAUUUACACGUUUGUGAUUUAAUUCGAAAUCAGUUCUCUAAAUCAUGGUGAUUAUUUGCAAUUACAGUUUAUUUUUAAUUAUUUUAGCAUGCUUUGUACAUUAUUUUUUGUUAUUAAUGUUUACUUGUUAAUUUUUGUACGCGGUAUUUUAAUGCUUUGCGAGACCACGCCAACAAGUUAGCAUCGAAAACACACAAAUGCAAAAGCAACAUUACAAACUUAAGCUAUAAGUUUAGACAAAUUAUUAUACGAGAAAUAUGUAUUUGUAAAGAUAAACUUUAUAUUUGUGAUUGCCUUGAUAAUGAUGAUGCGAUGUGAAAACAAACAUAGGAAUAAUAUUUAUA